CAUUUUGUCCGUUUCACUGGCACAGUAUAAGUUAGAUCACGUUAGACCGUUGCGACACGGUUAUACUUUGCGGUCCUGUCGACUCUCCUCGCUCCUCCUCUUUGGUCUCAAACACUUUCCUUCCAGUUUCUCCUCUCUUUACCUUGCCUCUUCUCUUUCGUCUGGAGACUCCGGGUCCUCCCGUGGGAAGCGACAAAUUCUGGAAUAAUGGCUCUUGCUACCGGCGGUCCUGAACGUGUCAACGAGAAGAGCUACAUACUCGACGCCAGGAAAAAUUUCGAAGAUGGUGGCAGCCUCGGCUCCGACGACUCCUACGACGACAUGAAACAACUAGUUAGGGAAGACGAGGAGGAUGCUGGAAAGUUUACCAGCCUCCCGCUGGCUAGCUUCAAUUUCAUUAAUUCCAUUAUAGGCAGUGGUGUCAUCGGCAUCCCUUACGCUCUGCACCAAUCUGGCUUCGGGCUUGGAAUUGUUCUGCUCAUCCUGGUGGCCGUUCUGACGGAUUACUCCCUGAUUCUUAUGGUGAGAAGUGGGCAUCUCUGUGGGGAGAUGAGCUAUCAGGGACUCAUGAGGGCUAGUUUUGGUCGAGCUGGAUUUUACAUACUCACGGCUCUUCAGUUCAUGUAUCCCUUCAUAGCUAUGGUAUCGUACAACGUGGUCGUCGGUGACACGGUGACGAAGGUCCUGAUCAGGGUAACCGGAAUCUCGGAGACAAACAUCUUCGUGAAGAGGCAGGUCGUCAUCCUCUUGGCCACCAUCUGCAUCACUGUACCACUUUGCCUCUACAGGAACAUUGCGAGACUCGCCAAGAUAUCCUUCCUCUCGUUAGUCUGCGUCGGGUUCAUCCUUCUGGCAAUAUUCAUCAGGAUGGGCACCAUGUCAUCCAUAGUGCCAAGUCACGAGGACAGCUGGAGGUUCGCAAAUUUCCCAGGAAUCAUCCCCUCCGUCGGCAUUAUGGCCUUCGCGUUCAUGUGCCAUCACAAUACCUUCCUCAUCUACGGCUCCAUCGAGAGAGUCACCCAGCAGAAAUGGGACACCGUGACGCACUGGUCGCUGUUCACGUCGUUUAUCGUCGCGGCGGCUUUUGGCAUAACUGGCUAUGCCACCUUCACUGCGUAUGUCCAGGGUGAUCUGAUGGAGAAUUAUUGCUGGGACGAUGAUCUCAUGAACUUCUCCAGGGUCAUGUUCAGUGGAACGAUUCUGCUGACCUUCCCCAUAGAGUGCUUCGUUUCUCGAGAGGUGAUAAUGACAGCUAUCAAAGGAACCGAUGAGGUCGAGGAUCACGAUGCCUACAUAGCUGGUUCUGAUCGCAAGUACCUGAUAAUCACCAUGGGAAUAAUAAUAGUGACUUACCUGAUCUCCAUGUCAACUGAUUGUCUCGGCAUCGUCCUCGAGUUGAACGGUAUCCUGGCAGCGGUUCCUCUGGCCUACAUACUGCCAGCCCUAUGCUACCUCAAACUCGAGGAAGGUCCACUUCUCUCCUCGAAGAAGCUUCCGGCACUGGGACUGUUGAUCGCCGGGGUGUUGGCUGCCGUGUCUGGUCUCCUUCUCGUAAUAUUUAAUAACGACACGGCCGCGUCCUGCGUACAUGGCAUGAAAAUGCCCUAUUGCUAUCAUAACUCUACCUCGACAACCUUCACGCCCAUCUGGAUGAAUACGACGUCUUCCAGUUUCAUCGAGAACAUUACUUCCGGUAAUAUCGUUCCUACUACGAAUGCGGAUCGUAACGUCGUUUAACUUAGAACCUUUCAUGAUCUUUUUUCUAUUAUCUUUUUCGUAUUUCUCUUUAUUCGUUGCUAGAGUCCCUGGAGGAUUCUAGCUAGGACCUGAUUGCUGCCUGAGGGAGGCCGUGUUGCUGAUCCUCUCCUCUUCUAUGAUGACUUAAACAAACAAGUAGAAUGAAAUAGUAAAUCCUAGAUCAAAUUAGAAUGUAAAAAAAAUGUGAACUUUUGAAGAUGUGUAAAUGAAGGAUAUAGAGCUUGUUUGAGCCAAGAAGAGGAUGCGAGCGUUCACCACGACAAGAUUUCCCACAAGUCCGGAGAGACCAUUCCUAAAGAAAGUAUUUAUUAACGUGCACAAAGUUGGGGGGCGACCGCGAAAAAGAAAAAGAAAGAGCGGGAAUAUAAGAGAUAAUAAAUAAACGAGGCUCACCAGUUAUUGGCCACCGGUCAGGCUACACGCUGCAAGAGAUAACGUUAAUCAAACUCUGUACACAUAUGUUGAUGCGUGCGUGCGUAGAUGAGAAUGUUCUACAUAUUAGAGUAUAUUUUUUCCGCGUCCACGAGGAUUGACAAUGACAUAGCAUUGGCGCAUGCCGAUUAUAUUAAGUCGCUGCUACAAGGAAGGUCAGUUUAAUCAUACGAAUAUUUCCAAAUGUCCAAAUGAUUAAUCAAAUAGCAAUACCGUUACUGCAGAUCAGUAGAAUGGAGGCGCCCUAAUCGUCUCGCUGAUUCCUGACAAUCUCCCGUGAUCGUGUCAAAUCACUUUCCAUCCUCCUAUCUGACUUUUCUUCUUUUUAAGGCGCAUCACAUUUUAGUAAUAUGGAUAAUUUGUCUGGAGGAAAACGUAACCUGAAAAUGUAUACGAGUUCUCUUUUACGUUUUUUUUUUUUCUCUGCCAAUCCGGGUUGACGCGGAAAACGCAUCCGUUGAGAGUGCCUUUUAAAUUCCUAUUAAUGUGAAUUCGAGAUUAGAAAUCUGAAUGUAAUUUCGUUAAUUAAAAGAGCCUUGGGCUAAUUAGAAAUUCAAGGGUCAAGUAGGAAAAAUUACAAAUGGUGAAGGUACUUGUGCAUGAAAUACAGAAUAAUAGGACGUGGAAUUUAAUGCGACAAUCUGGACGGAUGUGCGAGGAAUAUUCUAAUAGGUAAAUAUAUAAAUAGUUAAUGAGUAUACUGAGAGAUACACGCUGAAGAAAACGAAAUACACUUACACCUUCGUCUGUGAUUUUUAUUUUUCGACUAUUAUUUAUUUUUGUGAUAACGAAUAUACUACGACAGAUGAACAAAUGGGAUAUAUAUGUAUAAGUAUAUGAAGAAUAUAUAUAUUAUAAUAUAUUCUAUAAAAUAUAUGUAUGCAUAGACCUCUAUGAAGAAAAUGUUAAAGAUCAUCAGCGGAUGUGCUGAUAUAAUUCUAUUAAUGUGACGUAUUACUUGCGAAACGCGAUUAGUUAGAGACGCUAUUAACGAUAAACAAUGACUAUGACCACGAGUACUAUACAUGUUCAAAGCCAAGGAGCGCCUGUGCAGUGUUACUCUUUGCUGGCUUCCCGAACGUUUCUGUGAUAGGCUUGGGUUUCGAUAAGAAUUAAUUAACGCAUAAUUAGUCAGCGCAUGGGCGCGUUAACGAUCUGUACUAUAAUUUCGAACAUCACAAAGAAAAAUAAGACAAACCCACGUUCAGUCA